AUGAACCUUGAAAAUUGUCACUGUGUUGAUAACACAAACAGCAGCAGAUGGUCAAGUUAUGUGAGCAUUUUCUGCACUCCCUUAGUGUGUGUCAAUAAUUUAAUGACAAGAUUGAAGAUACCAAGUUGGAGAAUGUUCUGGAGGAAGAUCAAGAGGGAGAAGACGAGGUUAUUCAGUUCUUCACCCGCAGUACUUCAUGUUCAAUAUGAUCCUAGCUCCUACUCACAGAACUUCGAUGAUGGCUAUUCCAUCGACCCUGAUAACCUUUCUCGCUCAUUCUCAGCUCGAUUUGCAGUCCCCUCCAAGAUUUUUGACAAGAGUGAAAUGGUGCGCAAUGGUGAUAAAUGA